AUGGUCGCCAUGGCGCUUGGCGAAGUGCGGGGGGGUCCGGGGCCCCGACCGGCCGACCGGGCCCUGGCCAAGACGUGGAACCGCUGCCCAGAGGACGCGGCGGAAGCGGCGGGCCUGGCUUGGGUUGGCAUCAACGGCGGCUUCGACGAAGACUACGUGGACAGCCAGGGGCGGCUCUGGCAUCACACGCAUGAGGCCUGGACUCCGACGAACUGGGGCGGCUGGAUGGGCUCGGAGCCAAGAGACUACUCCAACUCCUGGGGCUCGCCGCGGAUGAAGUGCAAGACUUGGCCAGCAGACUACGACCAGGACUAUGAGGCCCUCUUGCACCACUACAGCAUCGAGCACGGCACCAAUCAAACCUUCCGCGUGUACAACUUCUGCGAGAAGCAGUGGCAUGGCGGCGGCAAGAUGGACAUCGUGAUCAACGGGAAGGUCGUGAAGAAGGACUACAUCACCAAGUGCCACCACACACGCACCGACAUCUACCACUUCAAGUGUAUCCCGACCCUGGCCGGCGUGAUCGAAGUGAGCAUUCAAGGAGAUCCGGAAGUGAAAGGAGGACAGGCGAGGUUCUCGACCCUGGAGUUUGAGAAAUCCUCGGAGGCCUGCGGCGGCGCCUGCGAGUCCGUGGCGUCCUGUGGCAAGGGCUUCUGCAGCUCGACGACCUUCUACGACUACUCCUCGAGGUGCGACUUCGGCAGCGAGGGGAUGGUGAACGAGUUCGACUUGGAGGAAGCUCUGGAGGCGGCAGCUUCCUGCAAGUGCGAUGCGGAUGUCCAGGGAGAAGCCUGUGAGCUGGGCGCCUGCGCGGCCGUUUCUUGCAACGAGCCCUUCGGUGGCUUCUGCCUGGAGGGCAAGUGCCAGUGCAUCGACGGCCACACCGGAGAGAACUGCGAGGUGGCACCGGACAUCGACCGUUUCGGCUGCUACGCUCAGCACGAGGAGGUCUCGGAGUUCCUGACGGUGUCCACGGUGUGCCUUCCGGAGCUGAUCGCAGGUCCAGCCAGGCACGGGCACAUCUUCCGCGGACCUUCCCCGAUGAAUGCCGUGGCCGAUAAGACCCAGCCCAACAUCUACUUCUCCUGGACGGCCGAUUUGGACUACGGCAAAGCUGCCUCUGCUGGAGAUGAGGGUCGGGUCUAUGUCAGCAAGUUAAGAUUGCCCUCACAGAAGGGUCAGCCGGUGCUUCUGGCGGAGAGCGAGGCCUUCGAUGGAUUUGCUCGGGCCGGCGGCAUCGAUAUGACGGAGGACGGGCAAGUGGGAACGCUCUGCGCCAAGUACUGGCAUCCGUGGGUCGAAAACACGGGGAAGGGCGUCCACAACGCUGCCAUGGUCCUGGCAGUCUGUGAGCUCAACACCACAAGCAUGACAAAGAAGAAGCCUUGGCAGAUAGGCAAGCAAUACCAAGCAGAGGAGACCGCGCCCAACACCGGGAUCUGGGGCAGUUUGCCCUUGUCUGCCUGGUUUGCUCAGCGUUCGGCCGGUUACGGCUACCUGGUCUACUCUCCGGCGCACCGGUCAUGGACUGCGUGGUACGGGGCCACCGUGGGGUCUCACACGGGUUUCGCCAUGCAUACGUACCACCGGGAUGCACCGGCGAUCAGCGCGGAGGACUAUGAGAAGUACACUUAUCCGGUGCCUCGAGAUCAGCUGGAGCUUCGCUCUGAGGCAUCCGGGCCUUGGCGAGACCACCACCGAACAGGCACCGGCGACCACCAAGCAUCGGCGGCCCUGUCCUACCAUCCGAAAUUGCAGGACAUAGGCCUGCAGAAGCACACGCACGGUGCCGUGUACAUGCAGCAGUAUGGCCUGAGUGCCACGGAGGGCGCCUUUGCUCCGCCGGGGCACAAGACUGGAAGGCUAGAGCUGUCUGUGGGCAACGACACCGGGCUGCAGGCCAACGCGCUGAGGCCUUGUGGCGAGGGCUGGCUGGUGGGGAUCAUCGCCGACAGCGGCAACGUCUGCGCGAAGGUGAGCCGUUUGGGAGAGAUCUUGCUUUGGAAGGUGAUCGAGGCCUCUGUUGGCAAGAUGCCCUGCGGCAGCAGCGGCAAGAACUGCGGGGACCAGGCCCCUGGCCGCAUGCUGCGCCUCGCCCACCUGGGAGUCGACAGCGACAGCUCGAACUGCGGCCCGGAGCAGCGCUUUCUGAUGGGUUUCGAGAAGCUGGACAAGUCUCGGUGGCUGGUGGAGCUGGAUGGCGACUGCAACGAAGUGUCCGAGCGGAGCGACGUCACACAGCACACCCACUGGCCACUCUAUCAGGACUGGACCACCACGGCCGAAGGUGCCGUCGCGUGGGUGACGAGCUGGCACAUCGACAGGGAGGGGCGAUGGGGCCCUGCAGGCAGCCCCAAUGGCGUGUGGCCUUACGAUCCGAAGCCCAUGAAUGAGGAUGCGCACGAGGAGUCCCCGGAGACGCCCCUCUUCGGGCCAACCCCCGAUGCGACGAACGCUGCCAAAAUCACGGUGUAUUAUCCAAGAAGCAUGGCUACCAAGUCCAGCACCACCAGCACGGCAAUGACCACCACAGUCUCGGCGAGCACCUCGAGCUCCAGCACCGGCGACGGCUUCGAGGAAGUGGACGGUUUGGGCCGUGCCUGCCGGGGCGCACACGAGAACGACAACAGUGGAAGCCACUACCAAGUCGUCGCUUCCGGCUCCGGGUCCCUGGAGGCCUGCAAACAGGCCUGCCUGCUGGAGCCUCUCUGCAGCGGCCUGGAGUUCUCCAGCGGGCGCUGCGAAGUUUGGACGCGGCCGGGUGGCAUCCGCGCCACGAAAGCCCUGGACAACUUCCGCUGCCUACGCUACGAGCCACCUGGAGCCAGCUCUUUCCAACCGAUGGAUGGCGGUCUUGGACGCACCUGCAGAGGGGCAAAUGCCAAUGACAACUCCCCCAGCUACUACAGCAUUCACGAAAACGUUGACAGCCUCUUCGAGUGCAAGGCCUUGUGCUUGAAGAAUGCAGAGUGCAAGGGGAUCGAGUACGGCUUCCUGCUGCGCCGAUGCGAGGUUUGGACCCGAGCAGUCCAAGCCACAGAGAGCGUCGAAGGCUUCGCUUGCUGGGCGCGGGACACAGGCUUCCAGUUCGUCAAUGGGGGUGACCAGGCUUGUCGAGGCGCUCACAGCAAGGACAACUCUGCGAACUACUACACAGUGGUUCGGGAGCAAAGCUUGGACGCUUGCAAGUUGGCAUGCACUGGACGUACCGACUGCGUGGGAAUCGAGUACUCCGCCGGUCGUUGCGAAGUGUGGACACGACCAGAAGGCAUUCAGGCGACCUUCCCGCUCAAAGGCUUUUCGUGUUUGCGAUACCAGCCUUCUGCUUCCACAGCCACUGCUCUGGUGCAGAAGAAGUCUCGCUCUCGCUCUCGCCACUUUCUUGGCCCUGCCUUCCUGCAGACAGGCUACCAGCCAUCCGUGACAGAGUUCACGGAGACGGAGGGCGCAGCUACAGAGCUCUGA